AUGGCCAGCAACUCGGCUUCCUGCUGGCCUCUCAAAAGCAAACCUGACUCAUGCACGCUCACCCAUGCACCCGGGCGGCACCCCGGCUCUGCGCAGCUCUCGGCCACCACCUCCCUGUCUUCCCGCUACAUCCGCAUCUUCCGGCCCACCGCCGCGUUCACCGGCGGCGUCGCGGCGCUGCAGCUGAACUAUUCGAGGCCCCUUGGCCGGCAGGGCGCCGUGUCUGGCGGCGCCGGCUUCAACAGCACCGCCCUGUCGGGCCUCGGCGCGGCGCGGCGCGCGUCGCUCUGUGCGCUGUCCCUGACACGGAUCUCCUCGAAGGCCACCUUCACGCUGCUCUGCCAAUUCUUCACGCUUCAAUUCCCCAGCUUCACCAAUGGCGACCUGACCACCAGCCUUGCGUUCCGCCAGUCGACGGGGCGCGGCGCGUUCUCCGUGCGUGCCACGGGCCUGCUUACGUCCGCCUACGUCUACUGA